GUUACUUCUGUUUAUUUCCUAGAAUGGUGAGAAUUUCUGCAUUCUGGAUGAGCAGCGGUUUGCCAAGGGGCUUCUCCCCAAGUACUUCAAACACAACAAUAUCUCCAGCUUCAUACGACAGCUUAACAUGUAUGGUUUCAGGAAGGUGAUUGCUCUGGAGAAUGGUAUGGUUACAGUGGAGAGAAGCUCAGUCAUUGAGUUCCAGCACCCUUUCUUCAAGCAAGGGAAGGCGCACUUACUGGAGAACAUCAAGCGAAAGGUAUCUGCAGUAAGAACUGAGGAUCUCAAGGUCUAUACAGAAGAUUUGCACAAAGUCCUUUCUGAAGUCCAGGAGAUGAGAGAGCAGCAGAACAACAUGGAUGUCAGGCUGGCUAACAUGAGGAGAGAAAAUAAGGCCCUGUGGAAAGAAGUGGCAGUUCUAAGGCAGAAGCACAGUCAACAACAGAAGCUGCUGUCUAAGAUUCUUCAAUUUAUACUAAGUUUGAUGCGAGGAAAUUAUAUUGUUGGGGUGAAAAGAAAAAGGUCUCUAACGGAUGCUGCAGGUGCUUCACCUUCCAAAUACAGUCGUCAGUAUGUUCGCAUCCCUGUGGAGAGUGGCCAAGCAAUGGCUUUCUCUGAACGUAAUGCAGAUGAUGAGGGUGGAAACGGUACAGGUCUCAUCAUUCGAGAUAUCACCGAUACCCUGGAAGUUGGCCCCAGUGGUCUCCUUGCUGUGGCACACACAAGCGACAAAGCCAGAGAGACACAGGCAGCUCUGGAUCCUGACUUACCUAUUUGUGAAGCAUUGCAGCCAAAUGAGUUAAGUUGUGCAGAACCUAUCCCACCAGUGCACUUAAAUGAUGUCAAUAAAUACAGUGAAAUGGAAAAUGCCGCUGUGGAACUCCAUACUGUGCAACCUAAUGCUCCAGAAGACCCCGUGUCAGUGAUUGACUCCAUCUUGAAUGAAAACAACUCUGGAAACCAAAAUGAUCCUUUACUGGACAGAGAAGAAAUUCAGGAUUUUCUUAACUGCAUUGAUGCCAGCCUUGAAGAGCUUCAAGCAAUGUUAUCCGGGAAGCAGUAUAACUUUGGUUCUGAAGCUUUCAGCGACACGCUUAAUCCUGAGCUGCCAGCCCUGGAUAUGAGCUUGAUGGAAACUUCCCCUGGCAUGGAAAAUAUUGCAAACUUGGCAGAGAACCCUGAAGAUCUGGGAGCGAGUGAGAGAGAAACAGCAGGAAGCAAAGAUAUGCAGCUGAUACAGUACAGGGCCAAUCCUCUGCUUUCAUUAUUUGAAGAACUACCUUUGAGCGAAGCUGCAGGGAAGAUAGAGGAUCCGAAAGACCUUCUGCUGCCCCCCGUGGAGGAGAAACCUACGCUUAAUCCUGAGCUGCCAGCCCUGGAUAUGAGCUUGAUGGAAACUUCCCCUGGCAUGGAAAAUAUUGCAAACUUGGCAGAGAACCCUGAAGAUCUGGGAGCGAGUGAGAGAGAAACAGCAGGAAGCAAAGAUAUGCAGCUGAUACAGUACAGGGCCAAUCCUCUGCUUUCAUUAUUUGAAGAACUACCUUUGAGCGAAGCUGCAGGGAAGAUAGAGGAUCCGAAAGACCUUCUGCUGCCCCCCGUGGAGGAGAAACCUGCUCUUCAUCCUCCAUCUAGUAGCGAAACUGUUGUGCCGCCAGCAGCUCCAGCAAGCCAGGCUGAGCCUCUGGAUGCGCUGGGAAUGGGUGAUCCACCUCUCCUCUCAGAAGAUGGGAAUGGAGAGUAUAAACUGUUUCCACUCUUGCUCCUAAGUCCUGUUGCUAACUUCAUAGAAGAGGCCUCUGAGAUAGAAACGUCUUGAACUGACGUGGCAUCUGUAACUGGCUUAGUGAUGGGAAAUGGGUCACAAAAGAAAUGGAUCGGCGAGAAGUUUGAUCUCUGUCCUCACCUGCUUCCCAGGUGCCAUGUUCUGUAUAGAAAAAAGAAAAUUCUCUUUCUAUAAGCAAAGAGAAUGUGUGGAAAAAACUGAAAACAAGCUCAAAAGAAGAGCUGGUGGAAGUGAAAGCACUGAGCGGAGGAGAAGAGCAACCUCCUCGUAAACAUACCGCAACGUAUUCCAUAACUUUUUAUCCAAUAUCCUUAUUGCAAAAGGAAAUCUGUUUGUAUCCAGUUUGUAAAGUUUGGCUGGGGGGGGUUUGUUGGUUUUUUGUUGGGUUUUUUUUUAUUAGCUGGGUAGUAAUGUAGUGUGUAAUAUUUACAACAAGGGUUUUACUCUUUUUGAGAGCCUGUUUCAAUAGGUGGCUUGUCAGUUGUUUGGAAGUAAGAUUAUUUUUUUUUUUUUAAAUUUUGUUUUUAAUUUGAGAUUUCUUUUUUAAUAGUUUAUGGCUACCUUUGUUUGCAUCUGCUUAAGUCACUUUCGUACUCCUAGAUUGACUCCUAGGUAUACAGGGAACAUUUUUCCUAUGGAAAAUUACAUUUUAACUGUGGAAUAUUACUUUUUAACAUGCUAACACGCAUCCAUUGCCACAGAUUAUAGGUGUUGUGGUAGGAAGUGCUUGCCACCCUGCGUAAUGCUGAUUUCUCAUGCACAUUGCAUGGCAGUUCUUCUAGGGUAACCUGCACCUAGCUCACAAGUUACGCGUCCUCAGAAAUUUUGAGUAGAACUGAUCCACGUCUAGCAAAGUCCAGCAGCUGCCCUUAAAAUGAGAGGGGAGGGAAAAAAAAAGGAGUCAUGGGGUAACUUGCAUUGAUAUAGGACAUUACAUUAAUAUUUGUCUUGUGCUCGCAGCUGCUGCUUGUUUACCUGACCCUAUAUGUACACUGGACUUUUUCCUGCGUUUUCUGCUUGUGGAGUCUUUAAGCUUCAUUAACUAGAUGCAUUUGAAUCCUUUGAGAGCGAAUUACAAAAAAAAAAAAAAAGGGGGCUGCUUAAUCGAAAAAUCUCUCCCCAAAAUUCCAUUCUAUGCUGUUUUCUGAACUUCUCUGAGCAGCUGUAACGCAGGCAUCAGCCCCCGGUGACAGUGGAAUCGCAAGUUCUCCUUCGCUGAUACCGAGUUUGUAACAGUCUGCCUGUAGCCCAGGCAAACCUGAAAUUUGCUGUAGUGAUACCAACCUGUUGGGGCUAGAAGAGGCCUGGAGGCAGGUAGAAAACCCACUGUAUAAUAUCACAUGAUAUUUCCUACCAGCACAAUUACUUGUAAAUUUUGUUUCAUUUUUAGAAGUUCAGGCUACCUACAGGCUUUGUUCUCUCCAAAGCUUCUGGACUGAUAAGUUCUGAAAUUUAUUAUUUUUUUCUUUUCUUUUUUUUAUAUUCAAGAAUCCAAGUUAAUCUGAUAUUCUGAAGCCUACUAGUCUGUACUGGCCUUGCUUGAUUGGAUUUGUGCUUCCACGUCCAAUCUUUUGAGUUGCAGAGGAGGAUCUUGCUGCUGGGUGUGUGUGUCUAUGUGUAAUGCCUUCACAGUGUCAUUUUAUUCCCAUGCUUCUGUAACUGUUCUUAACCUCGUGGCCCUUCACGUUUGGAUCUUUUGAAUUGCCUUUUGUCAAGUAUGUCUUAUUCUAGCCUUUUCUAGUCUUUCUUUUGCUUGCUUCUUGGGACAAAGAGUUGAAUAGUCUCAAGUUUUCGUGAGCUAAAGGGAGAGGGGGAAAUGAGUGAAUUGUGUAUCUGUCUUGGGUUCUGCUUUUUUUCCCGUUUCUUCCCAAAGGCCUCAGUUUUGCCAAGAGUGAAACAGUCAAAACCAGGCUUUUCUUCUGUGAUAUUUUGACAGCAGAGCGCAGACAACGAGGUUCUUUGAGUGGCUGAUCUGCUGUAACUCUGACUUCCUGAACAGGUUAGACCGAAGCGUAGUUCCUGUUACGGAUUAUUGUCAUGUUCUUCCAUCAUGGAGCCCUCUGAUCUCAGUGCAUCUCCCCAUCAGAUAUUUGAUCUGAUCUCGUAAUAGUUUUUUAAUACACUUUCUCUCUUUAAGAAGUUAAGAAACCAAGGCUUGGGAAAACUGCAAAUAAGAACUUGUGCAUCUGUGUCUGGUUUAUGUACUGGUCUAGGAAAAGUGUGUAUUUAUGCAAGUUUCCUUAAAAAGGUUGCGAUGGAAAGGGGAAGGCUGAAUAGCAAGAACCCACAUGCUGAAGUAAUUAAACUCAAGAAUUGCAAAACCA